AGCCGAACGAAUUGCAGUUGUUCGCGGGAAGGUGAAGGUCAAACAGGUACCGCAGUGUUCGGGUCCUGGGUUCAGAUGGUCGUCGCUUGAUUUUUUUUUAACUUGAGAGUUAGUCUUUCAAAAGAGCACUCCGUUCUGAGUGUAGAUAACGUGAUUUUGUAUGAUGGCGAAGAAAGUACUGCUGUUGAGUCUCUACUCGGCGGUGUUGUCCACGUGGAUCGGGUUCGGAUAUGUGCAGUGUAAACUACCCACUUCAAGGUCUGAAAUUCCCAAUUUUGAUUAUACGGUUGCACAACAGCCAGAUCAAAGCGACGCAUGCGAACAAAAUGAAGUCUGUAUGGCGCCAAUUGAAUGCAUCUUGGACGCCAAAAAGAAAGCCAUCUUGAAGCCAUGUUCAACUGUGCCCAGCGUCGAUGGCAUUUGCUGCCCGUCCAGCGAGCAUAAUGGAACUAGUAGCCGUGUUCAGCAAAGCUCCGAAGAACAUGCCGCUGAUCACUUGGUACUGCAAGCUAUUCACGAAGGUCGUCGCGAGUACGACGAGAAGCUUCGCCUUGAAGAUGAACACCGCGCGGUAAUGACUGCCAAAGAGAAACCGGAAGCCAUGUUCCACCGUAUGUUUCUUCCCGGCGGUUUGAAGACCCAUGGUAAGGAAGUUGUCGAUGCGGAAGAGCAAGCCAAUGUUUACGGGCAUGUUUUCGCCAGCCGAAAAUACGCCGAGUUGACCAAUAUGACCUUGAAAGAGCGGCAAGGUGAUAGGUUUGCGAGAAUCCCCAGAGCAAUUCGGAAACGCUGUUUGCCACCAGUACCUUGCAACCCACUCUCCCGCUACCGAACCAUCGAUGGUUCAUGCAACAACCCGUUGCCGGACCGCACUAGUUGGGGUAUGGAGGGUUAUCCUUUUGACCGGGUUUUGGAGCCGGCGUAUGAAGAUGGCGUGUGGGCACCAAGAAUCCAUUCGGUGACCGGAAACUUGCUGCCCAGUGCCCGAGUAAUCUCCGUAGCUCUUUUCCCAGAUGAGUACAGACCGGAUCCGCGCUUGAACAUCUUGUUCAUGCAGAUGGGCCAGUUCAUUUCGCAUGACUUCACUCUCAGUCGCGGUUUUACAACGAAGCACGGGCAGGCCAUAGAAUGCUGUACUCCAAAUUGUACGGCGCCGCUUUUUGGACCACAUCGUCAUUUUGCAUGCUUCCCAAUCGAAGUUCCUCCAAACGAUCCGUUCUACUCCCGGUUCGGAGUCCGCUGUUUGAACUUGGUCCGCAUUAGGCUAGCGCAAGGCCCUGAAUGUCAACUAGGAUAUGCCAAGCAAGCCGACCUGGUGACCCACUUUCUCGAUGCGUCAACUGUUUACGGUUCGACUAAUGACGUAGCAGCAGAACUUCGAGCAUUUCAGCAGGGUAGACUAAAGGACUCGUUUCCGAAUGGAAUAGAGCUGCUUCCAUUCGCGAGAAAUCGUACAGCUUGUGUUCCUUGGGCUCGGGUAUGCUACGAAGGUGGCGACAUCCGGACGAACCAGUUGCUUGGCUUAACCAUGGUGCACACGUUGUUCAUGAGGGAACACAACCGACUAGCUGUAGGCUUGAGUAAGAUCAACCCUCACUGGGACGAUGAACGGCUAUACCAAGAGGCACGUAGGAUUCUUAUAGCAGAAUACCAGAACGUUGUGUACAAUGAGUUCUUGCCGAUCUUGCUUGGUCAUGAGAGGGUGCAACAAUUAGGAUUAGCAGAUCCGUUUGAUACGUACACAAAUUACUAUGAUCCUAAUCUUCGUCCGAUGACGCUUGCUGAGGUUGGGGCUGCUGCCCAUCGAUACGGACAUUCUCUUGUGGAAGGUUUCUUCAGGUUCCUUACCCGGGAAUCCCCACCGGAGGACGUAUUCAUCAAGGAUAUCUUCAACGAUCCCUCCAAAACCCUCGAGCCGAACAGCUUCGACGUCAUGAUGUUCUCGUUCAAUCAGCAGCCAAUGGAACAAAUGGAUCGUUUCCUCACUUACGGUCUAACACGGUUCCUCUUCAAGGAGCGCAAACCAUUCGGAUCGGAUCUGGCAUCUCUCAACAUUCAACGAGGUCGGGACUUUGCCGUCCGUCCAUACAACGAUUACCGCGAAUGGGCCGGACUAGGUCGAAUUACCGACUUUAACCAGUUAGGUGAAGUGGGUGCUCUUCUGGCGCAGGUUUACGAGUCUCCCGAUGAUGUAGAUCUGUGGCCCGGAGGUGUGCUGGAACCUCCAGCGGAAGGUGCCGUAGUGGGUCCAACGUUUGUUGCUCUGUUGUCCGCUGGCUACACUCGUUACAAGCGUGCCGAUCGAUACUAUUUCACCAACGGUCCUGAGGUAAAUCCGGGGGCCUUCACUUUGCAACAACUCGGCGAGAUAAGGCGUACAACGCUGGCUGGCAUAAUCUGCGCCAAUGCGGAUCAUAAGGAAGAUUUCUACCAGGCCCAGGAAGCUUUAAGGCAGUCCAGCGCAGAUAAUGUUCCCGUUCCUUGCACCCGCUAUGACACCGUGAAUUUAGGUCUGUGGCGAGAGGAAGGUUUUUAAAUUUGUCGGCUUUAAUGUGUAAAUGUUCUCAAUGAUGUAACAUUGUCUGAAUAAUUGUUCUGUUGUUGUGUUUCAAGUGUGUAUUUUU